AUGAGCAAUGCUGAGAUAAUUUGUUCUACAAAUCUUAUAAUUCUUCUAGAGGAUGAAAUCUUUGCUGAUUUUUUCAACACAUUUCUUUCUCUCCUAGUCUUUUGUCAGACACCAUUUUACACUCUCGAAAAUUCAUAGUGGAGCUUGUGGCCAGAAAUACCCCAUGACUUGAUUGCAAAGUACAAAGGAUUAGUGACCUGGUUGGAAAAAUACCGGUUACCUUUCUUCUGUAAAACCGACUUGUGUUUCCAUUACAUUCUCUGUCAGGAGUUCCUCACUUUCGUUAAGUCCCCAGAAGGAGGUGAAGAGCUGGUGGAUUUCUGGAUUCUUGCUGAGAAGAUACUGAGCAUAGAUGAGAUGGACCUGGAAGUGAGAGACCACUACCUGUCCCUCCUCUUCAUGCUGAAGGCCACCCAUCUGCAGGAAAGCUCGCGGGUGGUGACUCUCUGCAACGUGAACAUCAACGCCCUUCUGAACCUUUCCAUCUGGCAUCCCAACCAGUCAACCACCAGGAGGGAAAUCCUGAGCCACACGCAAAAAGUGGCUCUGUUCAAACUCCAGAGCUAUUGGCUCCCAAACUUUUACACCCACGCUAAGACGAUCAUGGCCAAGGAGGAAUCGUGCCAGGCUCUGAUGCAAGAAUACGAGACUCGCCUGUACAGUAUCUGCUAUACCCACGUAGGAGGGCUCCCUCUGAGUAUGAGCGUCAAGAAGGGCCACCACCCCCAGAAGCGGUACUCGAGCAGGAAGGCCAAGAGGAAGAUGUGGCAGUUGAUCGACCAUGGCUCUUGGUCUCUGGAAGUGGAUACCAAUCCAGAUACCAACACUUUGCUCCCCCAGGAGCUGUUUCCUCAAGGCAAGUUGGUUAUACAAAUGCCUUCCCUGAAAGAGACCUCUUCAAAGGAGAGAAUCAUCGGUUCCCAGGAAAAGGAUAUUCUCUGUGCCAAGAAGUCCAACGUGAAGAACAAAGCCGAGAGCCACCUCCACAUGGAGGGCCUCUUUGAGACAUCAUUCUUUACCCACCUGAGGACUGUCACCCCCAUCAUCAAUUACUCCCCCCACAUGAUAAUCAAGAAGGCUGUGAAGCAAAACCUCUCCUUGGGGUACACCCACUGGGCCUUGUGUGCUGAUGCCUGUGCAGGGAGUCCCUUCCGGGACUACCUGAAGAAGCAAAAUUUGAAAGUGGAGGUCCAACUCCUGGACCUCUGGCAGGACCUGCACCAUUUCCUCAGUGUCCUGAUGAGUAACAGGAAGACUGGGAAAGCCAUCUUUCGGCACAUGCUGGGCAACCAGAUCUGUGAGCUCUACCUGAAUGAGCAGAUUGGUCUACGCCUACCACUAAAAUCCCAAACCAUCAAAGGCCUGAAGAAGCUGCUGCCAUCUGGGGAUGUGAACCUCUGGAUUCCCAGAGCCCAGAAGGAGAUCUGCAAUAUGCUUAGCCGCUGGUAUGCUGAAUUCCUGGAUGAAGAGGACUACUGGUUUCUCAUUUUUAUAACUCAGAGCAGGCUCACGAGAACCAGGUGGCAUAAAAGAGAAUCUAUAAGCAAAGAAGCGACCAUUCUUCCUUAUAAGAGAUUUGAGGAAUCUCUGGAGUUAAGCCAGGGUUUGGCUAACAUGGAAGAAAUGGAAUCUAUGCAGUGGCAAAAGAUAGCUACUGAGGAUUUGAAGCAAGGUGGGGCUCUCUGGCUAGAAAGGAAGUCUCCAGUGUCUCUGGCAAACAUAGAGAAAAUGUCCUUUGAGGAACUCUGCUGUAAGUAUCCAAAGGUGGCCAUAGAGAAGACCAGUGAUGACUACAAAAUAUAUUGUGAAAAAGGACCUCAAAUAGCCUCUUGGCAUAAGAAACUUGAAGUGAUUGAGCUCUUACUGUGUCCCUAG